UCACUGACAGAGGUGUCAUUAGACUCUAAUUAUACAGAGAAAGAGAGAUGAGGAGGGGGCUGGAUAGAGCCAGAGUGUGCUGAGAGACAGAGAUGGGGAAGGGGCAGUUCAGAGGGAUUAACUACUUGCACCCUGAUUGGACAGUACAGUUCAUUAACACCAGCACAGUGGCCGUUAAUGCUCAUAGUGGCCGUUAAUGCUCAUAGACCACAAGGAUAUGAAAAAAAAAUUAAACUGCAUAGAAGUCUGUAUGUGUGCGUGAGAGAGAGGGAAGAGAAAGAGUGAGAAAGGGAGAGAGAGAAAAGAGACAAAGAGAGAGAUAGAGAGAGGGAGAGAAAAGAGACAAACAGAGAGAGAGAGGGAGAGAGAGAGAGACUGGAAACACACACACACACACACACACACACAUGCACAUUCCAGACCCCUUGCUCUGGGAUUUGCGCGUUUAUGAAGGAGUUUUCGCACUCACGCUAUCACCAAGCUCUAUGACGGUACGCAAAGGGAAAAAACUCGCCAUCUCUAUCCAGGAACACAUGGCCAUCGACGUCUGCCCCGGACCGAUCCGGCCGAUCAGGCAGAUCUCCGCCUACUUCCCCCGGUUGUCCCCCCCCGCCGCGGCCAGCGAGUCUCUCUCCCCGAACCCAGUGGGUUUCCCAUCAGCCCUCAGUCCGGGGGGCGGGGCCUCGGCCAUAGGGGGCGGCGGCCUGCCGUCCCCCAUGCUGCCGGGAGCCGCGGGCGGCGGCGUCGACACAUCGGUGGAGAUUGACAGCUGUGACAGUGACGACAACACAUCUUUAGGAACCCUGGAGUUCAGUCUUCUAUAUGGAAGAGCAACAAGCACCCUGCACUGCACUGUGAUUAGAGCCAAGGGUCUGAAACCCAUGGAUUUCAAUGGGCUGGCGGAUCCGUAUGUCAAACUCCACCUGCUUCCAGGAGCCUGCAAGGCGAACAAGCUGAAGACCAAGACUGUCCGUAACUCCCUGAAUCCCACGUGGAAUGAGACCCUGACCUAUCAGGGCAUCACUGAAGAGGACAUGUACAGGAAGAUACUCAGGGUGUCGGUGUGCGAUGAGGACAAGCUGACUCAUAAUGAGUUUAUCGGGGAGGCAAGGAUUCCCCUGCGGAGGGUGAAGGCCGACCAGCGCAAACAUUACAACGUCUGCCUGGAGCACGCCCCUCCUCUGCCAUCUCCCACUUCCAUGAGUUCAGCACUGCGUGGGAUCUCCUGCUAUCUGAGAGAGUGGGAGAAUGAGAUGCAGAGGAAUCUGGAGGAGCGGGGGAGGCUCCUGCUCUCCCUGCAGUUCCUGCCCCCGCCUGAUGAGGAAGAGGAGGAAGAGAAAGAGGCCAAGGAGGGGCGGCGUGGCGGGCUGUGUGUGGGGGUCCAAAGAUGUGCCCACCUGGCCGCCAUGGAUGUCAACGGAUUCUCCGACCCCUACGUCAAGACAUACCUUAAGCCCGACCUAUACAAGAAAUCCAAACACAAAACUGCAGUCAUAAAAAAAACACUCAACCCAGAAUUCAACGAGGAGUUCUUCUAUGAGAUCUCUUUCUCCGAGCUGAGCAGCAAGACUCUGGAGAUCACAGUCUGGGACUAUGACUUGGGCAGGUCUAAUGACUUCAUUGGGGGAGUGUCUCUCAGCUGUCACUCACAGGGAAACGCACUCCGUCAUUGGGUGGACUGUCUGAACAACAAGGGAAAGAGAGUGGAGAGAUGGCACACGUUGACCAAUGAGCUGCCAAGAUCCUCCUACCAUGACUGAAGUGAGGAGGCGGACACAUUGUUCUUCCCAACACGUGGGGGAUGCAUUGGGACUGCUCUGCAUGUGUAUCUACGGACAGACUGCGUUUUACCUGUGUGUGCCCCACCAUCCAAUGCACUACAAAUAAAUACUUAUGCCUUUUAACUACAUCCACACAUUGACUAAAUUCAAUAAUUAUGGUUUUCACAAUAAUGUUUGCUGUGUUGCACUGUGAAAAGCACUAUAUGGUAAGUCAAAGGUGCUAUGCCAAUGAAAUCUGACAGAUUCGAGUGACUGCAAGCCCAUUCCCUUAUCCUUAAACAAUGCUGCUGCCCACACCCAAUCCUGUAUGAUCAUCAUUCACCAAUUACAACGGAGCACAUCCCAUUAUGAUAAUUCAUUGGUAAUGACUAUUAUAGUAGAUUCUUCCAUGUUGACUGUUUAAAAAUUUAAAAAAAAUUAUUAAAAAUAAGUACAUAGUGGAAUAUUGGCAUGUUCCCUCUUUCCCGCUCACCCACUCACUUCAUUAUUCUUUCACUCUACCUCCCAUCCUCCUGCAUUACUCUGCUUCUCUUUGCAGUGUGAUCAGUACUCUGCAAAGUUCAAGAUAUAAAUAUAUAUAUACUUCUAUAUAUAUAUAAAUCACUGUCAGUAUAUUACUGUUGUCAUAUUAUUGAAUUGAUACAAAGUAUUUCAUCCUUUGAAUGCAAAAUGGAUGUUUGUGCUCAUGUACAAUACUGAUAAUAAUAAUAAUAAUUCUUGUUAUUGUAUGAUUAUUAUUAUUAUUAUAACAAUAACAAUUAUUAUUAUUAUUACAGCACAGUUUUAAAGUCUAUUUCCUCAUUAAAGUGAGCUGCAGUUCUCCAGUGCUCGUGCUGCAUGUUGUAUCAGCAGAGCAAGAAUGGCGUCCGAUUUCUACAUCUCUCUUCCUCUUGCUGGCGAGUCGGUGUGCUGACCACAACGCAUGUCUUAGUGUACAAGUGCCACUUUCUAACUAUGCCAGUUGAGUGUUUACAUUGAUGGUUUUGGAUCUUGUUCCGUUUCCGUUCCGUUUUGGAGAGUGCUAAUGUUUACCUUUAUACCAAGUGUUUCUGUAAUGAAAUAUGAAAUACAUUUGGAAUGCGGUACGAA